AUGACUACUACUGCACCUGAACCUUGUGUUGCGUUGUCUGAGCAAGAGGAGUCUUGUACCUUUUCGCCCAAACUUUAUUCAAGCCCUGUUACUUCAAGUACGCCUCACACAAAUGAACAGUAUGACAAGGACACAACCUACUCUCCUUCCUUUGACGACAGUUUUGUGAGCACCCCACGAGAGGACUCCAAUGUUCCACUCCAUGCAGAGAAGAAAUAUGUCGUCUUUGAGAGUUGCCUCCUCCAGCUGCUCCAGGAAUGCAAAACAUGUCACACACCAGCCAAAACCACGCUGUCUUCAGAAGGAACCUUUCUGACUGCCAGUUCUGUUUGCUCAAAUGGGCACCAGCAUACAUGGACCAGCCAGCCAAUGAUCAAUGGGAAGGCAGCAGGAAACCUCCUACUGUCGGCUGCCAUUCUGUUUUCCGGAUCAAGUCCUGCGAAAGUUCUCAGGCUGCUCCGCUUCAUAGCUGUACAGGUUAUGUGUGACCGAACAUAUUUUAAUUACCAGAGAGGUUUUCUGGUACCUGCUAUAGAAAAGGUGUGGAGCAUAAAGCAGCAGCAGAUUCUGGCAGAACUGAGAGGGCAGCCAGUUGAGCUUGUCAGUGAUGGGCGCUGCGACUCGCCAGGGUUCAGUGCGAAGUACAUGACCUACUCUUUCCUGGCGUCUUCAGUUAACAAAGUCAUCUACAGUGUCCAAAUUCAAGUUGGAGAGUGUGAGCAAGUACGAAGCAGCGUCAGUAUGGAGAAACAUGCUUUGGUGACUGGUUUAGCCGACCUCCGAGCAGAAGGCAUCCAGAUUGCGUCGCUGACAACAGAUCGCCACUCCGCCAUUCGCAAAUACAUGCGCUUAAAGAAGAAAAUGGCUGCUGCCAGUAAGCGACGGGGGCUGGAAAAGGUGGGACUCUGGAUCCAGUCUGCUACUAAUCACAUGUAUUGGAGUGCUGCCAUGAGUGGAGACGACAUAGAGCUGCGUCUCUCCAUCUGGAAGAGCAUGCAUUUUUUUCAGCCUAGGUACAAAAUUCCAUUUACCAGCAGCAAUACCAUUUACAUAUUUUGUACUUAG